UUGCGGAGGUCCGGGUACUUGCGCACACUGGAGCUGUCCCGUUUCUGGCCCCCCGCAGCGCUGCUCCUGCUCAUGGUGUUGCGCUCAACCCGAGGCGGCAAUUUCCCCAUAUUUCGAUCCCGCCUGCCCCUUCCCCCGGAAUGCCGUCAACCCCCGCUCUAAGCCGAAGCCUACCGAACGGCGGACUUCCAUCGCCGCCGCCGCCGCCGCCUCUUCCUGCGACUGCUCUUACUUCGUGUUCUGUUUCCCAUCCGCGCCAGAUUCCUUUCGUAACCACUAUCCUUCCUCCUGCUUGCGACCGUACCUGGCGCCGUGAUACCCAAAUAGCAAAUCAUUCAAUAUGCCCGUCGCGCAGCUCAGGUCGCCUCGACUGGCGGGCCAACUGGCUCGGCAUGUGAAGGUCGCGCGUGGCUUUUCCACCUCCGCCGCCACCCGCAAGGAAAUCCAGGAUGCCUACAUCCUGAGCGCCGCGCGCACACCGACCGCCAAGUUCAAUGGCUCUUUCCUCACCGUCUCGGCUCCUCAACUGGGUGCCACCGCCAUCAAGUCGGCUCUUGAGAAGUCCAAGGUUCCCGUCGAGAAAAUCACCGAUGUAUACAUGGGAAACGUGCUGCAGGGUUCCGUCGGUCAGGCCCCUGCGCGGCAGGCGUCGAUCUUCGCCGGCCUGCCCGAAUCCGUCGAGGCCAUCACCAUCAACAAGGUGUGCGCCUCGGGGCUCAAGGCCGUCGCCUUUGCCGCGCAAAACAUCCAGCUCGGGCUGGCCGAGGCCCAGGUCGCUGGUGGCAUGGAGAAUAUGUCCCGUGUCCCGUACUACGUGCCUCGCGCCAGCAGCCUGCCCGCGUUUGGGCACGUCAAGCUGGAGGACGGCCUGAUCAAGGACGGCCUGACGGAUGUGUACCAGCAGUUCCACAUGGGCAACUGCGCCGAGAACACGGUCAAGAAGCACUCCAUCACGCGUGAGCAGCAGGACGAAUACGCCAUUCGCUCGUACAAGAACGCGCAGAAGGCCUGGGCCGACAAGGCCUUUGCCGACGAGAUUGUCCCCGUCACGGUUCCCGGCAAGAAGGGCGACAAGGUCAUUGACACGGACGAGGGCUUCAUGGAUGUCAAGAUCGAGAAGAUUCCCACGUUGAAGCCCGCCUUCGUCCGCGACGGAAGCGGCACCGUUACCGCUGCCAAUUCGUCGACGCUCAACGACGGCGCCAGCGCCCUGGUGCUGGGCAACAAGGCCAUCGCUCAGCAGUAUGGCUCCGGUUCGCGGGUGCUGGCCAAGAUCUGCAGCUACGCCGACGCCGCCGUCUCGCCUGUUGAUUUCCCCGUCGCUCCCGCCAAGGCCGUGCCGAUUGCGCUGGAGCGGGCGGGCAUCACCAAGGACCAGGUGGCCGUGUGGGAGUUUAACGAGGCGUUUGCCGCCGUUAUUCUGGCCAACUCCAAGAUCCUGGGGCUCGAGAAGGCCAACGUAAACCCUCUAGGCGGCGCCAUCUCACUGGGUCACGCCCUAGGCAGCUCCGGGUCGCGUAUCCUGACGACGCUGCUGCACCAGCUGAAGCCUGGCGAGUAUGGUGUGGCGGCCAUUUGCAACGGCGGCGGUGCGGCCACGGCCAUGGUGGUGCAGCGUGUGGAGUCUGUAUAGGAAAGAGAGACUUGUCUUGGGUAACGUUGGUAGCGUUGGGGGUGUUGUUCAGCAUGUAUCCAUCCAUUUGCAAAGGCGCAUAGAGGUUGUUUUGAGCUGUCCUCAAAAGGAACGCGGCUCCAAUCAUGGUUGCAGAUGUUGCUGUGACUAUGAGUGACGAUGUACUGCACCUGAAGAUGUAGCAGGAAGGCCUUGCCAUGAACCUGGGACUGAAAUGGAAAUUAACGCUCAG